AUGAAGUUGUUUCUGAUCUGCAUGGGAUUCAGCGCCGUUUUAGCUUGUCAAUUCAAAGGAAAGACCUACAAAAAUGAUGAAGAAUGGACCGAAAACGAGGCAUUCAAAAUGAAGUGCAAAAUUGAGCCGAACGGAGCAUGGCGAACAGAGGUGUCCGGAUGUCUCACUCCGGAUAAAGUUGUGGUACCCGUGAAUGGCGAAAAGGACGUUGGUGAUCAUACGUGGGAAUGCAAAAUGAGCAACGGGGGACAGAUCGUUCUCCAGCAAAAAAUGAACAAGCACGCCUCCUGCAAUGGACAUCCUUUUGAUUCCGAGUGGAAGGAGAAGUCAUUCCAAUUCAAAUGUGGAGAGCAUGGCGUACCCAGCUUCGUCGGAUGUAUCACUUCAUCAGGUGCUCUGAUUCCUGACGGUGAGGUGAAAUCGGUGGAUGGCUUUGAAAUGGAAUGCAGGAAAGCCGGCAAUCUUAACAAGUAA